GCAAGUGUGAUCGGCAAUCGAAGAGUUAUGUUGAUUUUUUUCUCUUUUUGAAAAUAAACAAAACUGGGAUCGUUUAUUUAUUUGAAUUUUUAAACCUAUAACAAUGUUAAAAACCCUGUUAUAUUAUUAAUUGGUCGUGUAGCGUAGUAGCAUUGGAAAUAAAUAGUGCGAAAACUCUUACACUUCGUGUUUUUAAUAUUGAUGUAAAAAAAAUAAUGUAUGAAAUAAAAGUUCGAAUUGUGUGAAUUAUAAAAUUUAUUUAUGGAAACAGUUAAAAGAUGAGGUGCUGCGUAAAAUCCUGCAAAAAUGAUUCGAGAACUAGCUCCAAAUCACACGGCAUUACAUUUCAUGUGUUUCCAACUGAAUCAAAACUGCGCCAAGCCUGGUUAAAAGCAAUAGGGAAGGAAUCAUGGUCUCCAAGAGAACGUAGUGCUGUCUGUUCAGACCACUUCAUGAUUGAAGAUAUUUUUGUUACCAAAAGUGGUUUAAGGAAAGUGAGGAAUGGUGCAGUACCAAUUUCUGAUAGUAGUAUUUGCAGUUACAAUGAAAAUACUGUUAAUCUUUUGGUGUGUAGAAUAUGUCUCGGUUCAGAUGUGAAGUUAUUGCCUAUUGGAAAGUUUAAUUUGGAACAGACAUAUGAACAUGUAACAGGACAUACUAUGACAAAAGGUGAUAAUUUACCUCAAUACAUUUGUUUUGAAUGUGCACAGAGACUGACAAACUGUCAUAUAUUUAAAGCAAAGUGCUUGAAAUCUAGGAGGCUUCUAUUAGAUUUGAUAGCUGAGGAUAGCAACAUUAGUAUAGAUAGUAUUAAAUCAAUAGACAGACAGACACAUAAACUAACAUCAGACUUGUCCAUAACAAUUUUGGAUCCAGAUAAAAUAGUGAAUCUAGAAUAUGUCGAAAAUACAAAUAACAUUGAAAUUGAAAAAAUACCGGAGCAAGAUAAAAACGAUAUAUUUGUACAAGAGUUACCGAAAGACUUUGACGACGAUGUAAAUGAUAGAGACGAUUUUAAUGAUAAUCAAUUUAAUGAUGCGGAUAAUGUUAAUGAUAAAGAUUAUGAUAAGGAUUGCGACAAGGAUUACUCAUCUGACGAUAGUUUACCACUUGAGUUGCAAAGAAAGAAGCGUAAAAAGACGAAGAAGGUGAAAAAAGUCGACGAACCAAAGAUAGAUAGACGACGGAAGCCAUUUUUGAAUGCCGAUUUAAAUGAGACGCUCUUCACCAUCACGGACCUGACAGUGGAGGAGCAAAUGGCUGAGAUUGAGAAGAGGCAGGAAUCGGCCAAUUAUAAAAAUGCAGUAUUCAAAUGUGGGGAGUGUUUUAAAGGGUUUUUGGAUGAGGACGCUUAUAAUGGACAUAUGACACGACACACUAAUGAAUGCGGCGAACACGAAUGCGCUAUAUGUAAAACACAUUUCAAACACCCACACGCCCUGCGCAAGCACAUAACAGCGCAUCACACACAGAGAUAUAACUGUAAUAGAUGUCCCUAUGUCACUACGCAUAGACAAACUGCCAGGCUCCACGAACGUUGGCAUAAAGGGACCAAAUACCAAUGUCCGCAUUGUCAAGAUGAAUUUGUUAAAUUUACAACAUAUAUGGGACAUAUUCGUAUAAAGCAUCCUUCUGACUUCAUCUGUGUUCUCUGUGGUUAUUCUUUCGUCAGUGAGAAAGGGAUAGAACUGCAUAAGAAAUUAAAACAUCGAUUGGAUGAUGGAAAGAUGCCAGAUGAUGGGCCACUUUGUGAGUUAUGCAACGUUCGUUUUGUGUCCGCGGAGGCGUAUAAGAGACAUUUAAGUGUGUCCGCCAGACAUACCAACGAUUCAAAAGACAAAUCGAGGAAAGGCCGAAAAACACGCGAGAAAAUGGAGAAAAACGAUAUUUUUGAUAGGAAGAAAAAUUAUCCGAGCCAGUUGAGAAAAGCUGAAGGACCUAUACCUUGUGAACAGUGUGGCGUCGAGUUGGAAGACUCCCGCGCCUAUCACAGUCACUUUCGACGACAGCAUCCAGACAAGAAUCGAACCAACUACCCCUCAAUGAAGUCGCCUUGUAUGUGCGAGGUUUGUGGGAGAAUGUUUCAGAGUUACGCCCUCCUUAAAGAUCACCGCUGGGUGCACACAGGCGAGCGUCCUUUCGCGUGUUCAAUAUGCGGAAAAUCGUUCCGCAUGAAGCAACGUCUAGUCGCCCAUGGGCGCGUGCACAGUGAACUGAGAGCGUCCUACACUUGUGCCAUGUGCGGGAAGAGCUUCUCCACCCAUAGUAAUUGUCAGCGGCAUAUGUUUAUUCACACCGGCCUCCGUCCAUACAAAUGCGAGAUGUGCGGCAAAUGUUUCAAACACGCGAGCGAGAAGCGAGCUCACAUUACAUAUGUGCAUCUCAAGAAACCCUGGCCCAAACGGAGCCGAGGGAAACGGACCGGCAAAGGUCCCCUAGAUUCAGGGGGCAUGACAGGUGAAAUGGAGUCCCAGGUGUGGCCGACCCCAUGUGACCCCAAAAUUCUCGACGUCAACCCUCUAAUAGAUAAGUCUAUGUAUUAUAAUCUUAAAAUGUAAAAUAUUGCCAUAAUAUACAAUAAAUACUAAUAAAACUGAAAUAUUGUCCGCUGUAGUUUAAAGUUGGCAUAGAUAAAUAAUAAUUUAAAUAACUUUGGUCUCUGGUUUUCUUGAACUUUUACACCUCAACUAUCAGGUGUCAGUUGUCAGCUGUCAGAUAAAGGAUUUCAUUUAUUACCUUGGUUUUAGAUUCUAUAUAGCUAUAGUGACAUUGCAUCUAUUGAUUUAAGUACGAAAGAUUUGUAAAAAAAUCUUAUUAACCCCAAGCGACUGGAGUCGGUCUCCUAAGUCUUAUGUAUUAAAUCACAGGAAUGGAUAGCAAAGCAAACUUUUGUUUAUACUUUGGUUUAGCAAGUGUGUACGUUUCGGAGUUAAAUUUAUGGUAUAAAGUAAUAUUCAGAUUACUUCAGAGUACCGUUUGCCUGUAACUAUAAUAUUAGUACCAUAUAUCGUCGUUAACCGAAAUGUAAUAAAUCCAAAAAUUUGUUUGUUUGUCCUGCUGACGUACAUUUAUUAUUCCCGUGUGUUUCAAUAGAGCAGAUAUACAAGACAUAUAUAUAUAUACUAGCGGAUCC